GCGCGCACGUGUACGAGGACGCCCGGCGGACGCGCUUGUGGCGCGGACCCAUGCCGAGUCCGAGUCAGCCAUUCUGCUUUGACCCGACGCAUCGACGGGUCCAACCUCUGACUGCACACUCUUUGUUACAUCUAUUCUUUGUUACACUACCAGCAGAUUUGAUCCAAGACCAUCUCGACCUCAAUCAGCUCCAGCUCCGUCAGAUGCAUGCGCUCCCUCAACAGCCUCUCGCGGUACUUCUCCGCCAGCCUCGCCAUCCGCACGAAGUCCCCGACGAUGUCUGAGGUUGGGGCGCACGACCUCAGGAACGAUUUGAAAGACGGGUGCAGUGGGGACGCUGCGCUCGUUAUCAACCUGCCUGAGGCGCCGGUUGUGCUGCGCUCCAUUCCCGCAAGAAGAGCUGCUCAGGAUCAGCAAGCGAUCUAGUGUCGAGCGCAGCUGUCGCAGGACAUGGCACUAUAUGUACUCACUGUAUAGCUUUGAACGAGUCCAUUUCUAAGCCCAUUGCUUCUUGUAAGGAUGAUGGGCGGACGCUCGGUUUAGGGAUCGAAUUGGGGAGCAUUGGGCGCGGAGCCAUACUGGCAUCCACAGUACUAUCAAGUCGAUGUGGGAUCAGAGGUGAGAAGACGGCGAGAGCUACGACUUGAUCUCUAUUAUCGAUAUCCGAGCCCCCUGCACGCGUAUAGGACAGGUGACUGCUAGAAGACCAUUCAUUGCCUCGCGCAGGUAUUCUAGACGAUGCGGUCCGUUCCCGCGACCCGGCCGCUGCCAGUGGCGCGGGCAUCGUGAACUUGGACUCGUGCCUCUUUUACGUCUCAUAUUACAAGUCAAUGUAGC